AUGGAUCGGAUGAAAUCCGAAGAGGAUGCGCGGCAGCAAUUAUCUUCGGCCGGUUCCGAUAGUGCGGGUCCUGCAGCAUCGUCAUCCCCUUACACGGUUCGAUCUCCAGUGGUCAGUCACAGCGAUUUUGCCAUGGUCGAUGCGGACAACGAGCAGAAGCCUUCAACGCCACUUGGCCAAAUGGAUGCAGAGUUGCAAGGUGACUCUAGCAAUGUUGAGUCUGAAUCGCUUCCAGCCAAUCAGGAUCUCAGCAAGCCGCCUAUCCCUCCUCCCUGGCCAUCCACUGCUGCUCACAACACCCGUCUCCCUGGCUCUAUAAUGCCGGCUGGUCGUGGCAACCUUCGUGUCACUAUGCCCCCUCCAUCUACAAUUCCUACCGCCCCUUCUUCCGCGGUCAGCCCGAGAACCGCAUCUCUCAAUUCUCCGACCAACUUUGAUACAUCUCCCAAUGCCACUAUGCCUCCGGCUCUCUCCGCGGCACCUGCACCUACCCCUGCCAAGAAAAAGCUCAGCCUCGGUGAUUAUCUUAACCGAAGAAAUACCAUGACGACCACUCCCAAUUCGGAGAAGUCCCAGGUUCAGGCAGCAAGUUUCGCUUCCCAGACAUCACCCUCCACGCCAGGGUCAGGCCCAACCCCCAGUGCCGAUGGUGAAAAGACUCCCAGCAAGGCUCCUCCCGUCGCCAAGGCAGAGGCACCACUAAGUUCACCCGAUGCAGUAAUGAAAGACGCUCCGGAACCUACUCAACCUCACAUCCCCUCCAUCUCAUCGUGA